AACUGUCACUCCUCGGCCUGGGAUCCGGACGCCAAGCCAUGUUGCGAGUCCUCUUUCUGCUCUGCGGGCUCAGCGGGCUCAGGACUAAGGAGAAUUCUGAAAGGCUACACGUCCAGGUUACAGUCCCAGAGAAAAUGCGCUCAGUAACAAGCGAAGGAUUUGAAACAGAAGUGGUCUACAACAUUGUCAUUGAAGGGAAGACAUACACUUUGAACCUAAUGCAAAAAACUUUUUUGCCUCGUGAUUUUAGAGUUUAUGGUUAUGAUAGCACAGGAAUUAUGAAAGACCUUGAACAACAAUUUCAGAACUUUUGCUACUACCAAGGGUUUGUUGAAGGUUAUCCAAAUUCUAUGGUGAUCGUCAGUACAUGUACUGGACUCAGGGGCUUACUACAGUUUGAAAAUGUUACUUAUGGAAUUGAGCCCCUGGAGUCUUCGAUUGGUUUUGAGCAUGUGAUUUAUCAAGUAAAGAAUAAGAAUGAAAGCAUUUCUCUCUAUGCUGAGAAGGAGGUGGAAUUCAGAGAUUUGCCCUAUAAAGUACAGAGUGUGCAGCCACGUGAAUUCUCUCAGUAUAUAGAAAUGCAUGUUGUAGUCGAAAAGAAUUUGUAUAAACACAUGGGUUCUGAUACGGCUGUCGUCAGUCAAAAAAUUUUCCAGUUGAUUGGAUUGACAAAUGCUGUUUUCACUUCAUUUAAUAUUACAAUAAUUCUAUCUUCAUUGGAGCUUUGGAUAGAUGAAAAUAAAAUUUCAACCACUGGAGAUGCUAAUGAAUUACUAUACAGAUUUUUAAAAUGGAAAAAAUCUUAUCUUGUUUUGCGUCCGCACGACGUGGCAUUUUUACUUGUUUACAGAGAAAUAGCAAAAUAUGUCGGUGCCACCUUCCAAGGGAAGAUGUGUGAUAUCAACUAUAGUGGUGGUGUUGCUCUGCAUCCUAAAACCAUAAGUCUGGAAUCACUUGCAAUUAUUUUAGCUCAGUUACUGAGCCUUAGUAUGGGGAUAGCCUAUGAUGACAUUAACAAGUGCAAGUGCCCAGGAUCUGUCUGCAUAAUGAACCCAGAAGCAAUUCACUCCAGCGGCGUGAAGAUCUUUAGUAACUGCAGCAUCGAAGAUUUUUCACGUUUUAUUUCAAAGCAGAAGUCCCAGUGUCUUCAAAAUCUGCCACGCUUAGAGCCAUUUUACAAGCAGGAUGCCGUUUGUGGUAACUCAAUAGUGGAAGCAGGAGAAAUGUGUGACUGUGGGACAGCAGAGGAGUGUGGCCGUGCAGUACCAAUAUGCUGUAAUUCCGCCACGUGCAGGCUAGAAGUAGGUUCACAGUGUGCAGAAGGCGAGUGCUGUGAAAAUUGCACUUUUAAGGAAAGAGGACAAUCGUGUAGGCCUCCUGUGGGCGAAUGUGAUCUCUUUGAAUAUUGCAAUGGAACAUCCGCCUUAUGUCCGGACGACAUCGUUAUUCAGAAUGGGCAUCCAUGUGGUGAAAAUCAAUGGAUCUGUGUUGAUGGAUCAUGCAUUAGUCCACCUGAACAAUGUAAAAGUAUAUUUGGUGAAGAAGUAGAAGGUGGCACUCCAGAAUGUUAUGAAGAACUGAAUGCUAUGGCUGAUAUUCUGGGCUGUGGCAUAACUCAUGACGGGUACAAAAAGUGUGAAUCUGGUAAUCGGAAGUGUGGAAAAUUAAUGUGUAAACAUACAACUGAGAAUAUAAUUGACAUUAAAAAUGCUACUAUUAUAUAUGCCAACGUAAGUGGAUCAAUCUGCCUUUCCCUGGAAUAUAAACCAGAUCAUCUAGAUGCUGCAAAGAUGUGGGUACCAAAUGGAGCUGUGUGUGGUAGCAAUAAGAUCUGCCGAGAUAAGGCCUGUGUGGAGACCACAUAUGUGAAUCUUGGCUGUACUUUACAAAAUUGCAACAACCAAGGGAUAUGCAACAGCCUACAGCACUGUCACUGUAACCCUACAUUUUUACCUCCAAAUUGCUCAGCUGUGGAUGAGAGAUGGGCUGGUGGGAGCGUCGACAGCGGCAAUUUCCAAGGUGGCGGUGUUCCCGGCAUUGGCGGUCUUACCAGCGUUGGCACUCCCCCUUUCAUUCCCGGUGUUCCCGGUGUUAGGCGUUACAUGGAGGAUGUUUACCAAACUGCUAAACCUACAAGAUGGCCAUUUUUCUUACUCAUUCCCUUUUUCAUUAUUCUCGGUGCACUGAUUGCUAUACUGGUGAAAGUUCAAUUCCAAAGAAAAAAAUGGAAAACUGAGGACUAUACAAGUGAUGAGCAAUUUGAAAGUGACAGUGAACUCAAAGAGUAGUCCGGACAACAGAGAUUUCAUGAAAUCACAGAGAAUCCCAGAGUAAUUAUCUGUAAUGGAUGGAACAAGAGAAAAAGAAAAAGAACAUGUAUCACCUGAUUCUCUGGGAUUCAAGCUGCAUAAUAUGUUUUAACCUGACCAGAAAAUAUAGCAUAGUAUAUAUGUAUGUAUACAUAUAUAUAUAUAUAUAACUCCACAUUUAACUUGCAAGAACCAUGAUUACAAGUUUUAUAUCACAUAGUUCUUGUUUGUAAGGUUUUCUCAUCACUAUUUUUGUUAGCCAGUAGGCACUAAUUCUGUUAGUAGGCACGACAAAGAAGGUUUAUACUACAAUAAAUGUGGUGCCAUGAUUAAAAGCUGCUGUUACA